AACUGUGACUGGAGAGGGGAGUGAUUGUGAUGUUACUGAGAAGUGGGCUGCAGAGGGCUAUAUAAACCCAGCCCUGCUGCUUUGAGUCUGAGAGAGAGAAAGAGAGCAGAGCAAGCAGCCUUCUUCAGACACAGACUGACGCAGCUACUGAAAACACAUUCUGCAUCUCCUGCCAGUGCUAUUAGAGGAUUUGACUGAACUAUGGACAUUUCCCUUCAACUGCAGACAUAAACUGCACUUUGAUUGGAGCACAAAACUGAAAGAAAAAGCCUCUAGUAACUGCAAGGACUGAAGAGAACUCUAAAAUCAAAAAAGGGAUUUGAUUUCAUUUGAAACAUCUUCAUCUCUCCACUAAAAGCUGACAUUCAGAAGCUUGUUCUGAGCAAAUCCAUGCGGAGGAAGGCAAGAACAGUCUGACAAGUGUUUGGAAACUAUCUGAAAGCCAGCUGAAGCAGUGAAAUCAUUCUUAAGCCAAUCAUGAUGGCAGAAAGACACAUGGAAGUCAGCGGAUGCCAGACAGUGAUACCCCCACACCUCCUGGCAGCAGUGAUGGAGGGGUUCCCCCAGCCUCUUUCCCUCCCCAAGACUCCGGUGCGGGGCAAAGCCAGGCUGAGGCGCCCCCGACAGUCACGCUUCAAGACGCAGCCAGUGACAUUCGCAGAGAUCACUGAGGUGGAGGAGGAAGGAGCCUCGCCGCUGGAGGAAGAGAGAGCAAGAAAGUCCUUCCUGCAGUCGUUGGAGAGUCUGCGGUGCAGCAGCCACAGCCUCCAGCGGGACCGGAUAGCGACCUCUGCCAUGAGGGGGAGCGUGGACUCCAGCGACUCUGACUCCACACAGUGACCUCCUCGGAUCCCCGGGACCCCUGCUGCUUCAUAGUGAAGAAGGACUUUGUUUCCUGGCCAACUAUCUAAAACAAACAGCUGGAUGUAUGUGUAUAUAUAUAAUAUAUAAUAGUACUUUUAUGAACAGAUACAUGUGUGCCACUAUGUAUGUAUACACAGACCAUACAUAUAAAGAUACAUAAUAUAUCGAGGAAAGGAAGAUUUUUUUUUUCUUUUUUGAUACAGAUGUCUUUAAAGAAGUAAAUAAAUGUUACGUGUGUCUGUGGCUACAUGUACAGAUGUA